UUUCACUUUCGGUUAGAUUUUAAUUUGAUUUUCAUCUUGUGUUAUUAGUGUUUCAGUUGAUUACAAUUUAACCUUGACUAUUAGAUAAUUGUCUACAAUUAACUCUAGUUGUUUAACCAUCAUCAUGGCUUUAGUGACAGCUAAGAAUCUAGAAAAUCUGAAUUUUAAAUUUUUUCAACUUCGUAAAUUGGCCGUUACUGAUAAUCUUGAUACUAAUGUUAUCAAUAAUCUUGCCAUAUCUCACACUCACCAAGUCAUUUUUGCCGCUUACGGAAAUGCCUUCAAAGUGAUUAGAAUUUCAACUUUACUGGAUUACGAAUGGGAUAAGAAGGUGGUUGAUACAAUCGUUAACUCUUAUCCAGCCCUUGAGAUCAAAUUACCUUAUAAACCAUCCCUACUCUCUGUGAGUGGAGGAACCAAUAGUACACUCCUUGUAUUUGGCCAAAAUUCAUCCAACAAUUUAUCUGGAGAUAUUUUUGAUAUUCCAACUCUUCUCUCUGGUAAUCCUAAUCCCAUUUCACGGUUAGAAUUUCCUCCAACAAUCUCAUUAAAUGUUUAUAUUCAAUCGGUUGCUUGGCAUCCCGAUUUCGCUGAGACCCUAUUCGCAGCUACCACAAGUAAUGGAGCCUUGGUUACAAUUGGAAUUGACCAGCAAACUAAAGGUGUUCAACUUUUGGCCCAUUACUCUGAUUCUUUUAAAUUUACCUGUGCUAGUUGGAGUCCUAAAGGGAAACAAAUUGUUGUCGGUGGUGAUAAUGGUCAAUUAACACAAUUUAAACAUUCUAACGGUAAAGGUUUUCAAAAGGCUAAAGUUAUUCCCUCACCUUUGCCAAACCAUAAGAUUGUCAAUGUUAAUUGGGUUCAUAGUGCUUUAUUUCAAGUGGCCUAUGUUCACAAUAGCGCAACCAAUAGUCCAGAUACCAGGGUGAUAUUUGUUCAUGCACCUCCGAAAGCAGUUCCCGAAUAUCAUGAUUAUGGUUAUGUUUGUAUGGAAACAGGUAAACAAUAUGAGGGACCCGAUAAAAUAAGGAUAACCUUUUCUGAGAUUGGAAAUAUCCUCCUAUGCCUUUCAUCACUUUCCAAUGAAGUUUCCGUUAUUGGUUGUGAUACACCAGUUAAUGCCUCACCAACCACAUGGCAACAAUGGAUGCUUGAUGAUUCAUCUAGAAUUGAAUUAUCAGGUUCCGAUGGAUCUGAUGCUUAUCCUGUUGGUAUUGCUUGGUUCAAAGGACCAACCAAAGUAUUCAAAAUAAAUGAAUCUAUUAGUUUAGGUGGUCCAGGUUGGCCUUUAAUUGUUGUCCUCACAUCAGCUGGUCUACUCUGUCCUUAUUAUGCUUGUCAUCUUCAAGGAAAAUUUCAAAUUCCCGAUUGUCCUCCAUGCCAACCACUUCCUAUCAGUGUUCCAGGUCCAACUCGAGUUAAUCGUCCAGAUAUUCAAACGACUGGACAGCAGCAUCAGCAGCAACAACAACAACAACAAGUUACUGGUCAAGCUGGUGUAACAAAGAGCCAAGCUCAAACUUUUCCUGGUCAACAAUCACAACCUUCAGUUGAUGCUUCGUUUACUUUUUCACUUCCAAAGACUGGUCAAGAAAAACCAAAGCCUCAAACUACCGUUACUGUUGCAGCAACGGUUCAAGCUCCGAGUCAACAGCAACAGCAAGUAUCCCAACAACAGGCUCAGCAUCAACAACAAUUAGCUGAAAUCCAAGCAGCUCAACAAGCUCAGCAACUCCAACAGCAACAGCAGCAGCAACAACAACAAGCUCCUUCCAAGCCAAUCAUUAGUGAAGAAGAAUUAAGAAAAAAGGAACUUGAAGUUUUGGAAGAAACAUUUUCCAUGGCCAUUAAUGAAGAAAUCUUGGAAUUUACCAAGACCCUACAAAACGCUAAGAAUAAUUUCUCGAAAGCAUUAAAUUUACAAAUCGGUAAACCUGAUGAAUUGGCAAUUCUCCAAUCGGAAACAGCAAGUUUAUUUGAACUCUUGAAAACUUCAUCAGAUACAUUUAAAAGUCUCGAUUUAAACAUGUUAAAUGGAUACAUAUUGGAAACCUGGGCCAUGGUACAAGAAGCCCAAACUCGAUUAGAAAAAGAAUCAGAUCCAAUUUAUACAAUGAUGGCCAAUAGACGAUCCAUUGAUCCAAUUACCGCGCGAAAGAUGAGAGAGAUUAAAAAAAUCGCCCACGAAAUUGAAAUGCAUCUUGAAGAUUUGAAUAACAUGUUGGACAGAGAAUGGGAAGAUUACACCGCUCAAAUGAAUGUAAAGAAACUUCCAACCGGAUUAUCAUCCAUAGACAUGAUUUACCACACCCUGUCAACCCAUCAUAAGACAAUUGAAAUGUUGAAGAAAAAUCUCUCCAAAUAUGAUGUUUAUUUGGAAUCAAUUGAAUUGGAAGAAUCUGGUUCAGUCUCUCCAAGAAGAAAAGAGAUUCAGGAUAUUAUAAACUCCCUUAGAAGCUCUUCCAUCCAAGACGAUAAUAGUAUUCUAAGUGAUAUUAGUCGCCAUAAAUCAAUGAUUAAAAUACCAACCAUAACAAAGGAAAAGAAAGAGAAACUUUUGGAAUUUUUUGAACAACGAAACUCAGUUCCUAUUAGAAGAGCCAUUUUACCAAGCGAUUUGAAAUCUUCUAAAAUGGUUUCAGCGGUUGUUAAAGCACAGGAGCGAUUAAAACAGAUUCGAGAAAAAUCACAAAUAAUAUCAGAUAAUAUUCCAGUUAAAUCAUGGACCAAUGUGACCUCAGGCCAAUCUAAACCAGUUGAUUUAAAUACAACUAUUCAACCAAAUCAAGUUACACCAACAAAAUCAUCUGAUCAAGAUAAAUCAUUAUUUUAUUCAACUGCAAUCGGUGAUAUGUCAAUAAAUGAUACAUCAAGAUAUCAAUCACCAGUUAAGAAUCUUAACUUUUUAUCGCCAAUCACCACGAAAACUGAUCCAAGAUUAGCGUCUAAAUCACAACAAAUUGGUGAUAAAUCAAUUUUCAAAGAACCAGAACCAGCUGAUAAAUCAACGCCAUUCGCAUCUAAAACUGAUCCUAAAGACGAUAGUUUUUCCCUUUCCUUUGCUUCAACCACUCUGGGUAACAUUGCCUCACCCACUCCGUCCUCUUCAACCUUUCUCUUUGGCCAAUCAUCGGUAAAACCGACCGAAAAAGGAUUCGCUUCGACCUUUGCUACCGCGACAAAGGACAUUUCAAUUAUAUCAAAAGAUAAAGAUACUCCAAGUACCAUAAGCAAGGAAAACGUUCAACCCAAAGUUGAAACUAAACCGGUAACAAGUUCAGUCUCUUCAACCUCUGUGGCCUCAACUAUUACUUCAGCAUCAUCAGCGGUCUCCUCACCUAAACCAGCGACCGCUUUUCCCGCCUUCACAUUCACUUCUCAGUCAAACACUUCAACGGCUUCAACCGCUCCUGCAUUUUCAUUUAGACCCACUGCAGCUACUACUUCAGUCGCAGCCUCACCAAGCGCUGCCAAUAUCAGCAUUUCCUCGACUGCAUCUACAGUCCCAAUCUCUAAAUCAAACAAUUCAAAUGCACCCUUCUCAUUUUCGACUGCCAGUGGCUUUUCUAUGUCAACCACCGCAAAUGCUUCGAGUCUCUUUGGAUCUCCAACACCUUCUGCCGCUCAAUCGGCAAACGAUACGAAAACUUCAAUUUCCACAUCACUUUUUUCAACUGAAAAACCAUCAAGCACCACUGGCUUCAGUUUCGGUGAUGCAACGCCUUCAGCUGCCCCAAGUUUCAGCUUCGGUGGUACUUUAGGUCCGUCUACAGUCUCAUCAACGUCAACUUCCGCUUCCACUGUUACGUCAACUACUGUAUCUUUAGCUUCGGUAGCUACAACCACAACAAACGCAAGUACCACAACAGCAUCAACCGUCAGUUCAUCGUCAACAACCACCACAAUUACACCGGUACCUGGUAAACCUUUUGAUUUUGGUACAUCAACUGGUCAAGUUUCAUCUGCAAACUCAAUUACCUCAACUCAAACAGCUACUCCACCGGUCUUUUCAUUGGGAGUUAAAUCUGAACCAAAUGUCGGCAUUAGUGCGACAUCGUCUUCCACUACCGUUAUUAGUCCUGCUGGUGAAUCCGUUGCUUCAACCGCUACCACCGUUACUCCUGUUUUUACCUCAGUAGCAAGUUCAUCAGCGCCGUUAAAUCUAACCUCCGGCUCAUCUAUAUUCUCAACCUCAGCUACUUCACUUUCCUCUUCCACCACCACCAUUACCGCUGUUUCACCUUCUAAUUCCGUGUUUGGCCUUGGAGCUUCUACAAAUGCUCAGCAACAAGUCGCAGUUACAACACCAACUUCACCGUCAUUGUUUGGCGGUCCUCAGAAUACAACCGCUUUUUUCACUCCCACAACUCCAACUUCAUUUACCUCACAAGUCAAAGCUAAUGAACCAGUGCCCGCUUUCAAUUUCAACACAGCCCUUGCAAACUUGGGAGGACAGCCAAGUCAAAACAGUACACCAAGUAAUCCAUUUGGAUCAGGUAUCGGUGGUCAAUCGCCACAAGUUGGCCUCUUUUCACCUAAGCCAUCAGCCCAACCAUUUGGUUCGCCCUCCUCCAUGUCAGCUUCUUUCGCCUCUCAAGGACCCGGUGUCGCUCAAACAGGAUUCGGUUCAUUCUCUAAUCAAAAUCAACCUCGAUUCGGUGCUCAGCCAACCUUUGGAGGAGCACCGGCUUUUGGAGCCCAACCAACUUUCGGAGGAUCUCCAACAUUUGGUUCAGGCCUUCCAUUUGGUAAAACAGCUCAAAGUGCGACCUUAGGUUUCGGUCAAUCCGCUGUCACUCCCGCUGCGGCUGCUGCUCCUUCUCAACCAGUGGUUCAACCAACAGCAACAGCAUCUCCUUUCGGAGGAUUUGCUAAUUCGAAUGCACCUUCAUUCGGUGCCUUGGCAUCUCAACAAGCACCGACCUUCGGCCAAUUAGCGACCCAACAACCUCCAAUCCAACAACAGCAGCAACAACAACAAUCAACAGGUUCAAUCUUUGGUGGAUUCGGUGGUCAACCCGCUGCCCUCUCAACAUCUCCAUCUAUUUUUGGCAAUUCCUUUCCAUCAGCUCCAUCAUUUGGUUCACCACAAUUUUCCCAACGACGUCAAUAAUCAAUCCAAUCAACAAAAGAGAAACCAAAAUGAUUCAAAUGAACAAGAAAAUCUAUCGAGUCAAUUGUAUUUACCAAACAAAUUAUUUUAAUUAAAUUUUUUCUAUCACAUUGAUUUAUUGAAAACAA